UACAAUCGAAUCAAAUGGUUCCUCAUUUCCCAAACUCUUCUUCAUUUGGGUUCGGCCAUUUCGACGCCUUGGAUCCUUUUGUCUCUGUUUUCAAUGGUUUCGAUGAGGUUUCUCGAGGUGGGUCGAUGGCGGUUGUUCCGCAAGCGUUGGUGCUGGACAAUGAAAAGGGGGAGCUGGUAAAGGCCCCGACGACGAGGGUCGGAAAGAAGGAGAUUACGGAGGCGAAGGCUCUGGCGGCUUUGAAGAGUCACAGUGAAGCAGAGAGGAGAAGAAGAGAGAGGAUCAAUGCCCAUCUCGCCACUCUCCGUGGUCUCGUUCCCUGCACUGACAAGAUGGACAAAGCCACGUUGCUUGCUGAAGUGAUAAACCAAGUGAAGAUGCUGAAGCAGAACGCCAUGGAAGCCAGCAAAGGUCUCCUCAUUCCCAUGGACGACGAUGAAGUGAAAGUCGAACCAUAUCCAGCAGGGAACAGGGCUGCCCUAACUUUCAAGGCAUCCCUGUCCUGUGAGUGUCGCCCUGAGCUUAUGACGGAUAUAAGGCAGGCCAUCGAUUCACUUCAGUUGAAGCUUGUGGAUGUGGAGAUAUCGACCCUUGGAGGCCGUCUGAAGUAUGUGUUCGUACUCAGCAAAGGCGAAAGUGAAGGUGCUGUUAUUGAGGAUGCCAAUAUUAAUGGUGACAAGGCACGGCAAGACUUUGCAAGUUGUAUUCACCAGGCAUUGAGUUCGGUCCUGGAGAAAGGCAAUACAUUGGCAGAAUAUAUGCCGAGAACUACACUUUCGAACAAGAGGAGACGUUUCACUUAUUUCGACUCGUCCAGCUCUUCGUCAUAA